GAUAUUGAAAAUUUACGUCAACACUUAGAAUGUGCACAAAACGUAAGGCUAGCCUAGAUCCAUUGGAUUUAUAGAUGAGUGUAUUUCCUUCUUCUUUCUUCCAGGAACUUUCGUGUAGUAUAUCUAUGUGCAACUUAUACAGAUUUUUCUCAAUUCCUUGGUGCCCUAAAACUACCUGGAACUGGUAAAAGCCAACUGUAAUGGACAUGUCACUGCACAUCUAUGUCAAUCAAAAAUGGUAAAAGUCGACAAGAAAAUGAAACCCACUGAAACAAUCUCUGCUUUCUUGCUUAAUUUGAUGUUUUUGGACUUUCUCUAUAUUAGGUGGAUAUAUCCCCACUGAAACAAUGCAUACAAUCCACAUCCCUAGAAAAGCAAAAGCGAUAAUAACAACCACAUUUAGUAGUAGUAAUCCACAUCUCAAGAAGAUUCAUGACUGCAAACGUAAGUGCUCACGUAUGUGCCUCUAAACAUGUAUUGCAUGUAUUUACCCUCUUUCCAUUUCUUCAUUCCCAUUCUUCUUCUCACCAUGACUAGCACCACCAGUAUCACCGCCAUUUCCUCCGCCGCACCAGGAAAACAAAGAGCAGGAGGAGCACAUAUCCUCAUGUUCCCGUUUCCAGCGCAAGGUCAUAUGUUACCUCUCCUCGACCUGGUACACCAAUUUGCUCUCCGCGCAACCGCCACCACCACUUUUACGGUUCUAGUGACUCCGAAAAACUUACCCAUACUAAAUCCAAUUCUAACCCAACACCCAUCCAUUGUUAAAACGUUAGUACUACCGUUCCCAACACCUGAAAACAGUCCUAUACCACCAGGUGUAGAAAAUGUCAAAAAUCUACCCCCUUCUUAUUUCCUUCCCAUGAUUACAACCAUGAGCAAACUUUAUGAUCCACUCCUAAACUGGUUCAAGUCUCAUCCUUGUCCUCCAACUUACAUCAUUUCUGAUUUCUUUCUCGGUUGGACACAAGACCUUGCUUCUCAAAUCGGAAUCCGGCGAAUUGUGUUUUCUCCUUCCGGAGCUCUAACUCUAUCCAUCUCUUCUUGUUUAUGGCGAGAUUUACGUACCCCGACGGACGAUAGCAGCGACAAAGAAAACGCGUUGAUUCCGUUUCCGGAAGUACCUGGUUUUCCGAAAUACCCCUGGUGGCAACUCUCUCCUCUUUACCAUGCUUAUGUCCAAGGUAAGAAAAAUGGAGGUAAUAGUAAUUCUGAUGAUUUGGAGCAACUCAGAAAGUAUUUUCUUGCAAAUGUAGAGAGUUGGGGUAUGAUUUUCAACUCCUUUCAUGAAUUGGAAGGCAUUUACUUGGACCACAUGAAGCGGGCCUAUUUUGGAGGAGACAAACGUGUCUGGGCUGUGGGCCCGCUAUCACAAUCUGGGCCAACUGAGAGAGGUGGGACCAACUCUGAGCAAUCCAGUGAUAUUAUUCCUUGGCUAGAUACGUGUGAUGAUCACAGUGUGGUGUAUAUUUGUUUCGGAAGUCAAGUUGUACUGAAUAAUAAUCAGAUGGAAGCAGUGGCCGUCGGAUUGGAAAAGAGUGGGGUUAGGUUCUUAUGGUGCGUCAAGGAGCCAACUGUUGGACACGUGUCAGGUGAAUACGGGAUGGUACCAUCAGGGUUUGAAGAUCGAACGGCUGGUAGAGGAUUAGUAGUGAGAGGAUGGGCUCCACAAGUGUUGAUAUUGAAACACCAGGCUGUUGGAUCGUUCUUGACUCACUGUGGUUGGAACUCGGUAUUGGAAUCAAUCGGCACCGGUGUACCGAUUCUCGCUUGGCCGAUGGGUGCCGAUCAAUUCUUCAACGCGGCAUUGUUGGUGGAACAGAUGAAGGUUGCUGUUCGGGUUUGUGAAGGUGAGAAAGCGAUUCCAAAUGAAGAUGGGUUGGCUCAAUGUAUGGCCGAAUCAGUAGCAACAAGUAGUACUAGUAAGAGCGAAAUGAGAAUGAAGGCCAAGGAACUAAAACAAGCCGCUACAGAUGCAGUUAACGGUAAUGGAAACGGCCGUGGGAGUUCUUUCAAAGACCUGGAUGAUUUGGUGCAUCAUCUUCUCUCCAACUAGGACUAAUUAACAAUGUCUCUUCCUGUAUACACACAUUUGAUGGUGCUAUUCAUAUAAAUAACACAAAAGAUAGGCAAAUUUUGGAGAGUUUGUUCAUCCGAAAUGAUAAAUGUAACAGAGGAAAUCAAUCCAACUAAUGGAGUAUUUACCUCAGAUCCCGCCCUGUAUCCAUUUGCGAGCAACUGCACCCAUUGCCAGUGCUGACUUUAUUCAUGCGCUUAGAUACAGUAAUUCCUUUGGUUGGAAAGUCUAUAGUUCCUUUCUUAAAAGUUUGAAGUUAUCUUC